AUGUCAGUCUACACAACAGAUCAUUCCGCCUCCGUCCUGAGCACCCACCGCUGGCGCACAGCGCAAAACUCUGCGCCCCAUCUCCUCCCACAUAUUAAAUCGGAUAUGACAAUUCUGGACGUAGGCUGCGGCCCUGGGAGCAUUAGUAUCGACCUCGCAAGACUAGUACCAGCUGGUCACGUAACAGGAGUGGAAUAUGUCUCCGACCCGCUAGAAGAAGCACGGAACCUUGCAAAGGAAGCGGGUGUAUCCAAUAUUACUUUCCAAACGGGCGAUAUCCAUGCCCUUCCCUUUGAAGAUUCGAGUUUUGAUAUUGUACAUGCGCAUCAGGUUUUACAACAUAUUGAGGAUCCGGUCCUGGCACUACGGGAAAUGAAGAGGGUUGUUAAAGUGGGUGGUGUGGUUUCUUGUCGCGAAUCUGCGGCUAUGACGUGGUAUCCCCCAAAUGAGGGCAUAGAGCUUUGGAAAACUGUUACGGAGAAGAUGGGACGGGAGAAAGGUGGGAAUCCGCAUCCUGGAUCUAUGAUGCACGUGUGGGCUGAGAAGGGUGGGUUUGAUCUUGUGGAUGUGCAGAGGAGUGCCGGGACGUGGCUGUUUAGUACGCCGGGAGAAAGGGAGUAUUGGGGUGGAUCGAUGGGGGAGCGAGCGCGGAGUUCCGGCUUUAGCAAGAAAGCUGUUGAAGAGGGAUUUGCGAAUGCCGAGGAGUUGGAGAAGAUCGCCAAUGGGUGGAGGGCCUUUGUAGAAGCUGCGGAUGGGUGGUUUGGAUUGAUGCAUGGAGAGAUACUGUGUUGGAAAAAGUCAUAA